GGCCCCGGUGUGGGCGGGGCGCGGCGCGGUCCAAGAUGGCCGCGGUGUCGGUGUUCCCCGGCGUGCGGCUCCUCACGGUCGGGGACGCGAACGGGGAGAUCCAGCGGCACCAGGAGCAGCAGCCGCUCCGCCUCGAGGUCCGCACCGGCCCCGACAGCGCCGCCAUCGCCCUCUACGGCCACGAGGAUGUCUGCGUGUUCAAGUGCUCGGUGUCGCGGGACACGGAGUGCAGCCGCGUUGGGAAGCAAUCCUUCAUCAUCACCCUGGGCUGCAACAGCGUCCUGCUGCAAUUCGGGACCCCCAACGAUUUCUGCUCUUUUUACAACAUCCUGAAGAAUUGCCGGGGUCACAACACGGAGCGCUCGGUGUUCAGCGAGCGCACGGAGGAAUCUUCGGCGGUGCAGUAUUUCCAGUUUUACGGGUACCUGUCGCAGCAGCAGAACAUGAUGCAGGAUUACGUGCGCACGGGGACGUACCAGCGAGCGAUCCUGCAGAACCACAGCGACUUCAAGGACAAGAUCGUUCUGGACGUCGGCUGCGGCUCCGGGAUCCUCUCGUUCUUCGCGGCUCAGGCCGGGGCCAGGAAAAUCUACGCGGUGGAGGCCAGCACCAUGGCCCAGCACGCCGAGGUGUUGGUGAAGAGCAACAACCUGACCGAGAGGAUCGUGGUGAUCCCGGGAAAGGUGGAGGAGGUGACGCUGCCGGAGCAGGUUGACAUCAUCAUCUCGGAGCCCAUGGGGUACAUGCUGUUCAACGAGCGGAUGCUGGAGAGUUACCUGCACGCCAAGAAAUACCUGAAACCCAGCGGGAACAUGUUCCCGACCAUCGGGGACGUGCACCUGGCGCCCUUCACGGACGAGCAGCUCUACAUGGAGCAGUUCACCAAGGCCAACUUCUGGUACCAGCCCUCCUUCCACGGUGUCGAUCUCUCGGCGCUGCGCGGCGCCGCCGUGGACGAAUAUUUCCGGCAGCCCGUGGUGGACACGUUCGAUAUCCGGAUUCUGAUGGCCAAAUCAGUGAAAUACACCGUCAACUUCCUGGAGGCCAAGGAGGGCGACCUGCACAGGAUAGAAAUCCCCUUCAAGUUCCACAUGCUGCACUCGGGGCUGGUGCACGGCCUCGCCUUCUGGUUCGACGUGGCCUUCAUCGGCUCCAUAAUGACGGUGUGGCUGUCGACGGCGCCCACGGAGCCGCUGACGCACUGGUACCAGGUGCGCUGCCUGUUCCAGUCGCCGCUCUUCGCCAAGGCCGGGGACACGCUCUCGGGAACCUGCCUGCUCAUCGCCAACAAGAGACAGAGCUACGACAUCAGCAUCGUGGCCCAGGUGGACCAGACGGGCUCCAAAUCCUCCAACCUGCUGGACCUAAAAAACCCCUUCUUCAGGUAG